CUGAAGAGUGGAUGUUUCUAUACGAUAUUGCGAACUGGAGGUGCUAAUGGUUUAAUUUUUUUCUGGCAAAUGAUUAAUUUCGAAAAGAGUGUGAAUUUAUAUGUUGCUAAGAGCAGCUGACAAACGUUGGUGUAGAUUUGGUAUAGAAAACCCUUAAAAUCUUGGCGUAGUAUUUUAUUCUUUUUGCUAUAUAAACGGACUUGGAUGAUUUCUACGAUAUAUACGGGAUUUGAAUCAAAGAAAGUAUUAUAAACUCAAGUGUUUCAGACAAGAUCAAGGCUUCUGGUGUGGCCGAGAAAAUUGAAAGGGUCAAUUACUAUCGGUGGUCUAAUCAGAUGUGUAAAUUGUAGAAGUUAAAUAGUGGUAGAUUGGGACUGUGUUGAAUGAUCAAAGUGAGGAUUACUUAGCUGAGUGAAUCUUGAGCAGACUGUGCUUGGAUGUGAAAACCCAGCGGUAAACAAUGUUAUUUACAAAAAGUUGUUCGGCAUGCAAGUUCUUGAUCGAGUUUGCUAACAUUGAUGGACGGCAGUGAUGAUGACAUCGAUGAGAGAUAAAUAAAGAAACAAUUUUGCUUCGCCAAGCGUGAUGGAAAGGAUGAAGGGAGACGAAAUCUGCAGUAAAAUAUCUCGAGCAGAUUUCCAGCCAGCCAGGCACCGUUUACUAUAAGUAAUGAUAAUGCAUUGCCACAAUGAUGGUAGCGAAAUUUCUGCUAGCAGCUGUAUGAGACGGUAGAGUGACAAGUGAUACCCAAUUUCCGAAGGAAGGUGUUUCUGGAAUCUUUUAAAUAUAAUGAAUGUUGUAAACAAACUCAGUGGGUGCUAAUGAGGUGUGAAAUUGAUGUGUUAUUUUGUCAGUUGAAGGACAGUGGAUCAGAAAUAACGUGAAGUUUUAGGCCCCCAAUCACAAGUGUAAUCUGAAAUCAUGCGAUGGAAAAAAAAUCAGCUUUCUUGAAACCAAUGUUAUGAAAACAGCAAUAAUCUGAGAUCAUUCGAACAAAUGCAGGAGUAGUGCGAAUAUCGGCAAGAGCAAAGAACGAAAUUGUGUGAAUAAUGAGCGCAUGCAUUUCAAAUCGGGUAAAACGAAAGGUGUAUUGGUACGCAUUGAUUCUUUUUUGGUAUAUUUUGGCCAGUGAAAUGGGUGGCAUUGGUAAAUUUUCAAUGAAGCAAUCUGUGUGUGUACAAGGAAUUCCAGUAUUUUUUAACGAUUCCGUUUCCACCGUCGUGACGGCGGUUGAUCAACCAUUGGCAUUGUCGGCAACCACGCAUCCCGAAAUGUUUCCAGAUAGCAACCAUACCUUGUUGCUUGAAAUUAACAGCACUGCACUCGCACCCGAUGAAAAGAAAAGCAGUUGCAGGUGCUGGAACUCCAUCGAAGAUUCCUUGGAAGAAGUUCAGUGUAAAUGCGAGGGUCAUUCCAUAAUGAGAAUUCCUCAGAAGCUGGCAGCGAUGCAUAAACUCAUUCUGGAAAACAUCGGCACUAAGCGGUUACGAGAAAAUGCGCUUUUGGUUUAUGCUGAUUGUUUGAAAGACUUAUUUCUUAUGUACCUAAAAGAUUUUCAUCAUAUUGAAGCGAGAGCCUUUUCCAAAUUGAGAAACUUACGGACGAUAUAUAUUGCUCAUGCACCAAGAUUAGAGUUUCUUGAGCCAAACGUCUUCGAAGGUAUAUCCAUUAAACUAAAAACAUUACGCAUCAUCCAUUGUGGACUGCUGGCGGUACCGGAUAUGCGAAUGCUCUCAGAUCGCAUCAUUCUCCACAUGGUAGAUUUAGAUGGUAACCAAAUCCGGGAGAUUCCUGAGAGAGCCAUACGAAUAAAGACUGAUGAAUUAAUACUAGAUAAUAAUGAAAUUUCACACAUUUAUGGAGAUGCAUUCAACGGCUCGCAAGUGGCCAAACUGAGCCUAAAACUCAAUUUUAAGCUAAAACAUAUUGAUCGUAGAGCUUUUGCUGGGAUUCAAAACAUCAGAGAACUCGACCUUUCCAGUACGGCAAUCGAAGCGAUGCCUUCCGAUGGGCUUAACGAUCUUGAGACGCUUCGAAUACAAAACACCCACUCACUCAAAACAAUCCCUUCGGUUUAUAACUUUAAGAAUUUGCAAACCGCGUUCUUGACGCAUUCUUUUCACUGUUGUGCGUUCAAGUUUCCCGCUCGCCAUGACCCAACAGGACACGAAGAAGACCUACGGCGGUAUUACGAAGAGCAAAAGAAAUGCAAUGCCGAUGGAUAUCCAAUACCAAGCGUCAGCUUAGCAGGACUUGAUCUAAAGGAUAGUACGGUGCACACGGGUGAGCAGAUGCCCGUUCAGAAUGUUUCCCAGCGCAGAAAACGUUAUGCUUCAUUAAAUGAACCGGGUUUCGGUCGGUUGCGCGUUUUGUCACGAAAUCUCGCUGAUGCUGGUGGAUCAGAAGAGGCCACUAUACUGAGCUCCUCCGGAAAAGAUAGAGUUGCAGAGGAAAGUUUCUUCCAGCCUAUUACAGGUUUUCCAGUUGAUGACAGUGUUAUUCGUGAAGACGUUUCAGAUUUGUACUCCGAGGAACCUAUUUCGGGAACAUUCCAUGACACAAUUCAACCCAUUUCCACGGAGGCGAUUUGUGGCAACUUAACACCAACAAAAUUUGAUGUAAAAUGCUAUCCAAUGCCAGACGCGUUGAACCCUUGUGAAGAUGUGAUGGGUUCGCAUUGGUUGCGUGGUUCCGUGUGGGUGGUGGUGCUGUUGGCUGUAUUCGGAAAUGUUGCGGUGCUAGUGGUAUUGUUCUCAAACCGCUCUGACCUUACGGUGCCCAGAUUUUUAAUUUGCCAUUUGGCAUUUGCAGAUUUGUGUAUGGGAUUAUACCUACUGCUCAUUGCCUCUAUUGAUGCUCAUUCCAUGGGAGAAUAUUUCAACUUUGCGUUUGACUGGCAGUAUGGAUCUGGCUGUAAGGUUGCAGGUUUUUUAACAGUGUUUGCUAGUCAUCUAUCAAUUUUCACCCUCACAAUUGUGACACUGGAACGCUGGUUUGCCAUUACACAUGCGAUCUAUUUGAACCAUAGAAUUAAAUUUUCGGCAGCAACAUAUAUUAUGAUUUCGGGAUGGAUAUAUUCCUUUGUGAUGGCCGCUUUGCCAUUGUUUGGCAUCAGUAACUACUCUUCUACUAGCAUAUGUCUGCCAAUGGAGGCGCGUGAUAGCUGGGAUAUAGCAUACCUGUUGACAGUACUGGGAAUUAAUGGUUUAGCAUUCAUCAUCAUAGUGAUCUGUUACGCUCAGAUAUAUUUUUCGCUGGGGAAAGAAACUCGUAAUGCUGCGCGGACGGCACAUCAUGGUGAAAUGACAGUAGCGAAAAAAAUGGCACUGCUUGUAUUUACAAAUUUCGCGUGUUGGGCUCCGAUAGCUUUCUUCGGAUUAACUGCCAUUGCAGGGUAUCCCUUGAUAGAUGUAACCAAGUCAAAAAUCUUACUAGUAUUCUUUUAUCCGCUAAACUCUUGUGCCAACCCAUACUUAUAUGCCAUAAUGACUAUGCAAUAUAGAAAGGACCUGUUUAUGCUAUUAUCCAACUAUGGACUUUGCACUCAACGUGCUCAGCAGUACAAAAUAACGUACUCUAUGCCGACCAAUACGAUUCAAAUUAUUCCAGCGAGAGGCUCAAUCACCGCAACAACUAUCAAUUCUAACACGUUCGGUACAAUCAUAAGCAGCACAGUAACGGAAGUAAAUGGAAGCCGCAAAACGAUGACAAUCAACGAUUCAAUCAACAACGUAAAUGGUCAAACCAACAUCGUAGAGGUGGUGGAGGAAGAACAUGAAACUUUUCUGUGAAAGAACAUUCCUAAAGAAGCUUUUAGUCAACUGUUCAUCAUCGUCUAUGAAAGAUGGUGAGCUUCAGAGAAGAAUUUCACCACAAACAAUGCCACUGGAUGAACAUUACAAUGAACGGACCAUAAUAUACAUGUUCAUUCCCAAUUUAAUGUGAUACUGUAAAACCUCUAAUGCAGCAUGCCACAGAGAAUUAUUUUGCGAUAGUGUACACAAUGACAAGUUUGUAAAUUAAUUCAAAAUGCUCGGUCGAAAGCAUUGUGUACGGAACACACGAGUAUACAAAACUGAUUCAAAAUGUGUCCCGGUUUUAGGUGUUAUUGAAAAAUCGCUGUAGAUAAAUACUCACAAAUCA